CACACACACACACACACACACACACACACACACACUGUGAUUGGCCAACAUGGGAGACGUGAGUCACGUGAUCCGUGCGCUGGUCACUCUGAGCCUGGUCUGUGCUCUGCUGUGUCCAGUCCCGUCUGCUCUGGCCGCUGACCGGCCUCACAUCAUCCUCAUUGUCGCAGACGACCUGGGUCACAAUGACGUCAGCUUCCACGGGUCUGACCAGAUCCCGACGCCCAACAUUGACUUCCUGGCGUAUAACGGCGUGCUUCUGAACAACUACUACGUCAGUCCCAUCUGUACACCCACACGGAGCGCUCUACUUACUGGCAGACAUCCUAUACAUACUGAUCUCUGUUUUGAUGUGUUUAUGUUCUUGUCAAAUUUCUCACAGCAGCUGUUGUUGAAUGUGGCUUUUGAGGCUCUGUUGCCGCUGUUCCUGUACCUGCCGUUCCAAGCAGUGCACAGGGCAAACGCAGACGGGCCCCACCUCCAGGCGCCGGACAAGUAUGUGAAGAGGUUUGAGUAUAUCGAGAACCACGACCGCAGGAUGUACGCUGGUGAGGGAACCACUCUAUUGUUGCCAGGUGUGAAGGCCACGCUGUGGGAGGGCGGGGUGCGGGGUGUGGGUCUCCUACACAGCCCACUCCUGCACACACAGGGCUAUGUCUCCGAACAGAUGCUCCACGUCUGUGACUGGCUACCCACACUGUACGCGGCGGCCGGGGGUGACCCCUCCACUCUACACAACCUGGACGGCUUCAACGCCUGGGACAUGCUGAGUCGAAAUUCCAGCGGGGUUCGAACCGAGAUGCUUCACAACAUCGACCCUAUCGAAGACUUUGCCGGUGUGCGUGUGGGUGGCUACAAGCUGUUGAUCGGCGAUGUAGGUGUGGAUUGGGGCGGCUGGUACCCUCCUUAUCAACUAGCUGGUGAUGAGAUCACUCUCAACUACUUGAACUUCACAGACGAUCUCACGGAACGCGUCACACAAGAUAGUCGCAGACGAGAGCUGGAGCAGAAAUAUCGCGAGUAUUGGGGGCCGGAGAUUUGGGCGAGACUUGAAGAUUUGCACUCGUCUGGUGGAAAGACUGGUGCGGAUUUGGUGUUCAACCCGGAGAAAUCUUUGGGCCAGGUGUCCAGCACGAACAGGGACUGGGUCCGGGGCACGCCCGUGCGCAUCGAGUGUGGUGUGAAACCGGCAAACGCCAGCACCAACUGUGACCCCCGCAAGUCGCCAUGUUUGUUCCACAUCCCGACUGACCCGUGCGAGUACAACAACAUUGCUGAGAGCCGUCCUGAAGUGGUGACCGCCCUGUUCGCACGUAUCAAAGAGUACGUCGCCACCAUGGUGUCUCCAGGAAAGAAACCCAACGACGCCAGAUCCAAUCCGAAAUAUCACGGAGGAGCCUGGGUGCCCUGGGAGUGAGAGAUGAUGGAUGGGAGGGUUUGAUUGAUUGAGUAGGUGUUUUACGGCACUAUCGAC